AUGGACGAACGUAGUCAAUUCUUGGCUGACGCGGCAGCUCAAAGAAGAGAUCGAGAACUCCAACGAAUAAACAAUGACAUUGCUAUCAAACUGCAAUCUCUUGCACGAGGCUAUUUAGCUAGGCAUAAAUUUGUGACUGGUGUACGUUGUACGAUUUCGGACAAAUUUUCCCAAUUCACUGAUCUUGAAAAGUCGGGGAAAACUUUGCUUUCUAAUGAUGAGGUGCUCAAAUGGAGUCGAUUGUUCCUGCGGAUAAAACGUUUGCCCGAGGAUAAUGAGAUAUUGGCUCAAUUAUGUCGACAUAUUAUUUUAUCCCUGGAUUCGUCAGCGAAAGAUACGAAUUGGGCGACAAUGUUCUUGAACAAAUUAACAAUAGGACCAGCUAGCAAAGUUAUCUCGGAUAUUAUUUUAUGCAUCCCACAAUCGCUCAUGUACAUUUCGGGUGCCCGCGUUUCUGAAGUGAAAAUGUGGCAGACAUUCAUUCAUUUUCUAAUCGUUUUGGGUUCCUGUAAUGGAUGGCUUCUCGUUCGAAAUGCGCCUCAGAUACAAAAGGUGCUCAAUGAUUUAUGCAGUAAGUUAUGUGCUUCACUAGGAGAACACGACAAUUUCACACGGCUUUCGAAUUCACUCUUCCUCGCAUCAAAUGAAUACAAGCCAGUAUUGAGUAGCCAGGCGCUGAAUGCCUUAUUCUCAAUCAUAAUGAAGUUUGUGAGAAAUGAUGACUCUUUGCUGUCCAUUUUCAUUACUCAUGUCCUCACGUGUCCCGCAAUCAUCCUUCAUUUAAACAAGGCAAAUUUGGACUCCUUUCUUAGCUCUGGUUUAUUUGAUCGUUCUCUAACGUACUUGAGAGCGUCGUCGGAUAUCGUGGAAAGUAUUGAACCGCAGAAGACUAUCAAUCUUCUCGGGAACGUAGUUCACUUAGGAUAUCUCGAUGAAGAGACAGUGAAAGGUCGUAUUGUUGACUGGACAUGGGUGAUAGGACUGGCUAUGGCGCAGUGUACAGAAUUUGCGGUUCGUGUUGGAGAACAGUCGAGUCAUAAUCAUUGGCAUCCAAUUUUUGGCCAUUACAAACUUCCCAUAGAUCCGAAAACGGAGCGGUCACUGCGCAAUGUACUGAAACAACUGCAAAUGUUGUGGAGCUAUAAAAUUGUGUGCAGACUUUUUGACAAAGCGCUUGAAGGAGUGGACCAGAACCGCCCAAACGGGCAUGUCCCGGUGAAGGAACUUGGAGUGACCUUCAACAAGCUGUGGAAAAAAUUAGGAGGAGGAUCCACUUCUGAUUCAUCGCAUACUGCUGAUGCCGAGAAAGAAACCCCACCUACAUUAGCUGCUGUUGUUUGUCAACUAUAUAUGACUGCGUUAUCAACAAUGACUAAUAUGAAAAAUGAGAUUAUUGCAGGUGUUUGCCGUGAAGAUCGUAUUCUUCGUCAACUAUGGGGUUACCUUGUGCGAUGGGGUGUUGAAGGAAAGCAUUCGUCGUCAUCCUCACCAUCAACCUCUUCUUCACCCUUGAAUGCAGCCUUAGCAUUGCUGUCGCGUCCUCAAAGUCCCCAUGCCGCUCCGCUUCGCUUAUUUGCUGAUGCUGCAUCUAUAGUAAUAUCUAUUCUGGACGAAGAAGAAUUGUAUGAGCAGGCCAUACCAUUUCCCCUCGAGGAGCUUGUACAUAUUGCUCGAUUUUGUAACUAUUUUUGCUUUCGGGCUGUGUGGAACGGUUACGUAGAUGAUCGCAUAUCGGACCAAGGACUUUUCGCUAGUAUUCAUCAACUCUGCAUGGUUCUUCACGUACGAGACAGUCGAAGAACUUUUGUUAACGAUUCGAAGUUUUGGUUGGCUCCGGAUGUGAAAAGUUCUGUUCUGAUGGUGGAAUUUGAGAAGAAAACAUCUAGAGGGCUGCUCUUAAUGCGUCGUUUGAGCCACCUUGUUUCCUUGAAAGAGAGGAUGUUAUUAUUCAGGAAAUUUGUCAGCGCAGACAAGGCAAACAUCGAAUCCACAGCCACUUUGAUUACGGUAGCUCGAAAUCGACUAGUUGAAGAUGGUUAUAGGCAGCUGUCAAUGUUGUCCACGCGGGCGUUGAAGUCGACCAUUCGCGUGAAAUUUGUUAACCAACAAGGUCUUGACGAAGCGGGUAUAGACCAGGAUGGCGUGUUCAAAGAAUUUUUAGAGCUAACUAUCAAGCAAGUCUUUGAUCCAGCACUAAAUUUGUUUCAUAGCACAGCAGCUGGCGUGCUGUAUCCGUCAUCGACCUCAAGUGUCCAUGAAGAUCACUUGGCAUUGUUCCAAUUUGUAGGAAGGAUCUUGGCUAAGGCUGUGUAUGAAGGGAUUGUGGUAGACGUGCAGCUCGCGCCUGUCUUGUUGGCUGCAAUGCUUGGUGGACGACGCUUAUGUGCAUUCGACGAAUUAUCACAACUGGAUCCUGAGCUAUACCGCAACCUUACCUUUGUUAAAAAGUACAACGGUGACGUAAGCGACCUUUCACUGACAUUUUCCAUAGACGAGGACUUCAUGGGCAAGAUCAACACUGUGGAUUUAAUCCCUGGCGGUCGAACAAUACAGGUCACUAAUGAGAAUAAGAUCGAUUACGUGCACAGAAUGGCUCAUCACCGUGUGUUCUCUCAGACUAAGCAACAAUGUCGUGCUUUUGUGGCGGGGGCUCAGUCUGUCCUGAAUCCAGCAUGGUUGUUCCUUUUUGCCCCCCAUGAGCUUCAGUUCAUCAUUAGCGGCUACACGAGUGACAUUGACAUGGCAGAUUUGAAGAAACAUGUUCAAUACUAUGGGGGAUUCCAUGGAAGCCAUAGGUUGAUCAAAUGGCUAUGGGAAAUUGUUGAAAAGGAUUUCACCCCAGAUGAGAGAAGGCUAUUUCUCAAGUUCGUCACGAGUUGCUCACGUCCACCAUUGUUGGGAUUCUCGUACCUUGAACCGCCAUUCUCCAUUCGCUGUGUUGAGGUUUCAGAUGAUCAGGACCAAGGAGAUACCUUAGGCAGCGUCGUACGAGGUUUUCUUGCCCUGAAGAAGAGCCAGUCGUCAUCACGACUGCCAACAGCUUCGACUUGUUUCAACCUUCUUAAAUUGCCGAACUACAAUAAAAAAUCGGUGCUGCUGUCGAAGUUACGUUAUGCGAUUCAUUCGGAGACCGGCUUCGAACUUAGUUGA